AGCCACAAGCCUUUGAUCCUGCAGCAUGAGCACCUGGAGUCCAUAGUGGACUUCAUCAAGACCACACUGCCUAACCUGGGCCUGGUGCAGAUGGAGAAAACCAUCAACCAGGUUUGUGAGAUGGACGUGUCCAAGCAGCUCCAGGCCUAUGAGGUAGAGUACCAUGUGUUGCAGGAUGAGCUGCUGGACACGCCCCCGUCCCUCAACCAACACCAGCGAACUGCACAGUUGGAGAGGACCAAUCAGAGCCUCCGACAGCAGAACCUCGACCUGCUUGAGGAGCUGCAGGUGUCACAUGCUCGCGUCUGCAGCUUGGAGAGCCGAGUGGAGGCUUUUGCCCAGUCAGAGGGCCGGCUGAGGCAGCAGGUUUCUGCACUGGAGGAGGAGAAGAAGCAGCUAGUGAGCACCGUCACACGCCUCCAGGACCUCCUCACCAGACUCGGAAUACACACCACCCUUGAUGGACACAUACUCCCCCCAGCCUCUGAAAGACAUACAGCAAAUGUGGAAGACAGAGAGGGACCGGCGAACAGGACUGUGGACUCCCUUCCCCACCCUUUGGAUCUUCCAGAGGGUUCAUAACUGCACCUAAUAAUCCUCCAAAUGGUAAGGUCGACCAGUGGAGGUUGUGGAAGGCCCGGGAAGAGAAAGUCAAACGAGACGUUAAGACGACUCCCUACCUCGACCUUUAUCCUCUUCCCAGCUCCAGAAUGUGUAAAUAGAAAGAUGAAAUACUGAGGUAGUUGGACCCAAAAUAGAGGAUGGAAAUAGAACAAAAAUGGGGCUGAGGUUAAAAAAGAAAUAAAAUUAACAAAAUAUAAAUGGACAUGUGAUUUGGCCAACAAUCCCCAAAGACAGCACUGUCCAGGUCUCUACUGUAAACAGUUACAUUUGCACCUGUACUUGUAUGUUUGUGUCUUUUGAAUGUCAGUGUUUUAUUCUCGUGCAAGGUUUGUUUAACUGUGUCUGAUGCAACAGGGCAAAAAAAAAAAAAGCCAAAGAAGGUCCUUAUAAAUAUCGAACAAGCUCAAACAAAGAACAUGUUAUUGACCACACUCACAUAACAAGAAAGUAAUACAAAGAUGAAACAUUUCCAAAGAAAAAGUAAGAUGAGUGAAGUGUGACAAGAAAGUGUGAUGAAGGGACGGGUGAAGAAAUUCACAUCACGACAAAGUGUUUAUUUUUUGUUUGUUUGUUUUUCUCUUAUAAAAGAUGAAUAUUGACAUAAGCUAAAUUAUGUUAGAUCUUGGAUGGUGGUGCUCGUAUUCAUAGGUCAACGGUGAACUAUUUUUGAUUUCUCCUUCGUAUUUCUAGUCUUCCACGCUUUUGUUCCCUGAUCCAGUACGUUUUCAACUUCAAUUAGUUAGCAGUAGCUCACAGGAAGCGUAACACAAAAGAUCCAGUCCAUUUCACUUCCUGUUUUUUCACCUUUUGAAUACACGUCGACCCAUCUGUGUAGAAAGGGCGAAUAGAUGCCGUUUCAGCAGAAAAGUUCAAAACAGUAGCUGUACAGUUCAGACUAUCCCAGAUCAAUUAUUUUAAAUUACUGCACAACACACAUAUGCCUAGAACUUCAAAUAGGUAACCUCUGCUGUUGAGACAAUCUGUCAUCUGCGAGUCAUUUACUGUAUUCAACACACUGAAUUCCUUCAACCCGAGCUGCAGCUUGGUGUGCAUGUAUGCGAGUGUCUCGGUGUGUUACUGUACACUUCACUGGUGGCUACAAAUCUGUUGAUUUACACUGUAAAGAUAACUUGUUUUUACUCCUGACUCUCCUUGCACAUGUGUUCUGUUUUAAUUGAUUAUUAUUAUUCUGUACUUUAAAAUACAUUUCAUAUCCUUUCAGCACAUCUGAAGCCUGGCUUUGUUUGGUGUUAUUCCUGUAUACAGUAUGAACUAACAUGUGACAGACUGUUAAAGGUGUUGUAAAUUGUACCUCCUUCUGUCUAAACAUGCCAUUCACUUUGAGUGCCACGGGCUUGAUAUAAGGUUUCAAGCAUAUGGAAAUGUACUGUACACAGUAUUUAAAAGACAGACAUGCAUUUAUUUUCAGGAACAACUCCUGAGGUUGACGAAAAGGCAUGUCGGGGCAAGUUGUGGCUCAUGUAGAGCACAUGUACACAACAGAAAAAGCAACAACCAGAAGCAGAACCCCAGCCAAGAAAAAUCAUAAAAAUGCACAAAAAAACCUGAGAAUUUGGCAUAAUGGGAUUUUGUUUUAGUAACUUAAGUCACAUUAAACAUAUACUAAUCAUAAUAACAUAACCAUGUACAUGUACACUCCACUGCCAAAUUCUCUGUUUUUUCCAGGUGAUCGUGUCUUUUUGUUUUGUCGCAAAGGCAAAAUUUCCACACAGUUGCUGUAAGAGGUGAACGAGAGAAAUGAGGUUGAAGCCGCUGUAUUGGCCAAUUUCCACCCUGCCUGUCUUUAAGUAAUACACUUCCUGUGUCCCAGUGCCGCAUAGUGUUUUAGCAGAUAGUGUAUAAGAAAUCAACAUACCUAAAGCUGCUCUAAUCAAUAUUUUUAUGUUAACAAUGGAUUAAAUUAGUGACAAAUUAAUAAUAUUGUUGCUACUUGAUUGCUGUAUGUGUCAAAAAAAACAUCAAUCGUGUGACUUCCAAUCGAAGAAAAAGCAAAAUGUCUUUCUAAAGAUGUAAAAAUGUAUUUUAAUGUUUUGCAGGUGCGAAUGUGUUGUUUAGUAUGCACUCGACUGUUUUAAGUGUUCUCAAUUUUGUAAUUUUUCAGUGUGAACACACUACAGUAAACCUGCUCAUAAGUUA